AUGACGUUCCGGGGGACUUCUCCAGCUCUAACUCAGCUCCAUCAGAGCAUCCCUGACCCCUGUCGCCGCCAAAUCAACCGCCCCAUAAUCAUAAUCAGUCCUCGCGACAUCGCAAUAGUUUCUACAAGCAAAGCUAUUGCGGCCUACAUGAUGGCACGAUGGCACUUCCAAAUACACCGCCCGAGGAUUACGAAACACCACGCUUCCCGUCUCUGA